CAAAAGAGGCUGAAAGACGAAUUUCUCAACCUUCAAUUUUCCCCCUUAAGAUCUCUACUUUCCCCGCAAAUUUCUUUCAUCUAAUUCCUUCACUAAAACUUCUCCAGUUUUCAAGCAUCUCUCCUCAUACUUUCUUUUCUUUCUUUCUUGCAAUUUUGUUGUCAAUCUGAUUCCUCCAUUACUCCAACAACCAUGGCGAACGCGGCAUCUGGCAUGGCUGUGGAUGACGAAUGUAAGUUGAAGUUUUUGGAGCUAAAAUCAAAGAGGAACUACCGAUUCAUUACUUUCAAGAUCGAACAGCAACAGGUGAUUGUGGAUAAGAUCGGAAGCCCAGAUGAGAACUACGAGGAUUUCACAAACUCUCUCCCUCGUGAUGAAUGUCGCUAUGCUGUCUUUGACUUUGACUUUAUCACUGAUGAGAAUUGCCAGAAAAGCAAGAUCUUCUUUAUUGCUUGGGCACCAGAUACAGCGAAGGUGAGAGCAAAGAUGGUGUAUGCAAGCUCUAAGGACAGAUUCAAGAGAGAAUUGGAUGGAAUCCAAGUCGAGUUGCAAGCCACGGACCCAAGUGAGAUGAGCUUCGACAUUGUAAAAUCACGAGCACUCUAAUCAUUUACGAGAAAAAGCUUCAUCUGCUCAUGAGCUUUUCCUUAUUGUUAAUUUGUCUUCAUGAUGCAUACGCAUGCAUGAACGUUGUUAUUAAUUAUGUCUGAUUUUUUUUUCUUCUCUUUUGCUCUUUUCGCCAAUAAAUAUACAUCCAUCGUUGUAGUUUAAUGUAACAUUACCAUGCCCUCGUAUUGUAAUCUUGAAGAAAUUUGAUUUCGUUUAUCUAAAAAGAUUCUUUAUUUGUA